UGCUGUAAACAAAAAAUGCCGUAUAUUUUUUUAUUGACAACGAUUGAGAUUGAUUGUUGUGGACUAAUUUAAUAAGAAAUUAUUUUGUGUGUUUCAGAUAACAAGUUAAACAACAAAUUUAGCAAACGGAAGCAGCAAAUUCCAUAGAAAACUGAAGCUGAAGAAAAUACUAGAAAAGUAUUGUGUGUGAGGGGUGAGCUAAGCGAGCGCUAAGUAAACGUAAAAACAACACAUACAAAAAAGUUCCGGCAAAAAUGUCACAUACCAUUUUGUUGGUGCAACCCGGCGUGCGUCCAGAAACCCGGACAUACAGUGAUUAUGACAGUGUCAAUGAUUGCAUGGAGGGAGUCUGUCGCAUCUACGAGGAACACCUGAAGCGCAUCAAUCCCAAUACACCCACCAUCACAUACGAUAUCAGUCAACUGUUCGAUUUCUUAGAUCAAUUGGCUGACAUCAGUUGCCUCGUGUAUCAAAAAUCCACCAAUACAUAUGCACCCUACAACAAGGAGUGGAUAAAGGAGAAAAUAUAUGUGCUACUGAGACAGGCUGCCGGCAGUACAAACUGAUAGGGGAAUUAAAUUAUGAACAUAUUACCAGCAAUCGUAGACACGGGAAAUGAUGGCAUGCAGCGCGGCCUGAGCCUACCGUCAGUAGUUUCACUAGGCGCUGCAAGUCCUUUUUUAGAACAACCAUUGAAUCAUCGUCAAUGAUCAUCGUAUUCAGUUGUUUUUUACUGAAUAAAUGUAUUAGGAAUAUUUAAUUUUUUUAAUUAUUUUAUUUUCUUUUUCCUUUUUUUAUUUCUAAAUAUGUAUUUAUAUUUGAAUUUCCUCAUUAAAGUCAAGAUUUUGUUUACUUUUUCUUGUAUAUUAGAUCGACCAUGAUUUUCAAAACAAAUUACUCAAAUAAAAUACAUGUUAAAUCAUUUUUCUCAUAAUAAGAAUAAUUAGUAACAACUGUAAAAUGGAUAAUAGAUACCGUAUUUUGUAUACAUUUCUUCUACAAUUAUCCACAAAUGAAUUACUCCAUAGUAUAAUACAUACUGUAAAAUGACUAAAAUAUAUAUUAACAAAACAAAAGAAAAACAGAAGCCAAUGACUGCCCAUGUAUUACAGUUAAUCAUUUCGUUUUCAAGUGUAUUGAAGUUUAAUUUCAACAUUUUCUCUUCUCUUAAAAUCUGUCAAUUUAUCAUGCAUCUUUUAUUUGUUCCUGAUUCACUCAAGAAUAAAAUAAUAUAAAUAAAAAAAGAAAACAAAACUAAAAUCAUUAGUUUUAAGGAAUCCGAUAAUUUUGUAAGUGUAUUAAAUGAUAAAAAAACAAAAUAAAUUAAACUAAUAACAAAAA